AUGGCGAUUCAACGACAAGCGAAAGCUGCCCGUUGCUCGUCCUGUCAGGAAACCGCAGUAAGUCGUUGCAUGACCUGUGAAAUGUUUAUGUGUGAAAAAUGUUCUAACUCUCAUACGAUGUGGCCGGUGAUGAAAGAUCACGAUGUAUUAUCCGUAGAGGAACUGAGCAAUCCUCAAAAUCAAGUUAAAAUGAGAAGCAAGCUUUACUGCGAGAAACACAAGGACAAAAUACUUGAAUUUUAUUGCGAAACAUGCAAGGAACUCAGCUGUUUGCACUGUAUGGUUUUAAAUCACAUCAAACAAAAUCAUUCUUGCGUUUCUGUGGGUGAAAUCGCACAGAAACAAAGGGAAAUAUUACAAGGAAGCUGUACAACACUUGAUGAAAAAUUAUCAGCAGGAAAGGAAGCACUGACUGCUGUCGGCGAGGUCAUGAAAUCACUUGAAAUAAAUGCAAAGGAUGCCAAGGAUCAAAUUAAUGCACAGAAGGAUAAAAUCCUGACGAGUAUAACAGAAAAGCUUGAGGUCCAGGCUAAGAAAUUGGCUCAAGAUGUCGACAAUGUUUAUGGUGAAUUGCAUGGUGAAUUAAGCAAGCCACAUGGUGAAAUCAAAGAUUAUCUUGAUAAAGUCCAAGCUUCAGUGUCCUUGCCGAGAAAUCUCUUAAAGAGAGGAAGUAUUGAAGAAAUUCUCUCUUCUCAGAAAGUGAUUGAUGAAAAUAUUGAAAAGUUGGGAAAAGAGCAGCCAGAAAAUCUUGCACCUGUGAAUGAUGGUAGUGUCCAGUAUGUACCAGAGAAUAUUGGUAACAUUGGUUAUGAUGAAAUUGUGAAUGCAUUGGGAUAUGUAGGUAUAUGGUAAUAUGAGACUAGGCCAUCUUGAUUGCUGAGUGGGGUAGCCCAGUUAUCCAUAUUAACCCAUUGAAUGCAUGGUAGCACUCUCCCCCUGGCAAGUAAAAUUGUUUGGUAGACAGAUUAAAAUAAUAAAGUAGGGCGAAUCUGGGUGCAUUUCCACUUAAAGGGUUAACAGGGUGCCCGGGCAGAUAGUCUGAUUAAUUGGGGCCAUUGAGUGGCAGCACUCUGCCUCUGACGAGUAAAAUUGUCCGGCGUUAGACAGAGUAAAAUAAUAAAGUAGGGAGCAUGCCAUCUCCACGCAUUAAUGCCACUUAAAAGGUUAAUUUAUAAUCACAUUCCUGCUAAUGGGCUGCCGCACUUAGAAAAGAGCAAAUUCCCUUGGCAAGUAGGGAAAAAUUGUCAUAUAAAAACAAUUUGAAAACUUCAUCUCACUUACUGGGCUGUUACACUGAUCAGCUUGGUCAGUAAGAUUAAAAAACUGCACGAGGCAUUCUUUUUUACUAUUUACUCUAUGGCAUCACCAAACAAUUUUACAAUUUAUUAGUAAUUGAGAGUUGAGUGUUGCAAAAUCUGCAGGAUCCACCAGACAGAAAUUGUUAGCAAACUUUACUUCAGGCCCCUAUUAUACCUGAUUAUAAGUAAUUACAUUAACACCAAUGCUCAACUUGGAGUUUUUAUUAUAUUAGUACUCCAUUUUGCCGUUCAGGGCCUGACUUGGUGUUCUGUCUGCCAGGCCAUUUUAUUUGUCAAGGAAAAGUGUUGUUCAUUAAUGGAUAUAUUAAUGCUUCUUUAAAUGCCAGGGCCUUUUUUAAGCUGAGUGGGCAAAUGCUCCCCAGUCCUGCUUUUUGCCCCCCCCCCCCCGCCACGAAUUGAUUUUUAGGGCUGGCUUUCACCUUGUGUUUACUUGAGAAAAAUCAACCCUCUUGUUAGGGGUUUCUCAUGGGAUUUCUCAUGUAUUUUCUUUCUGUAAAAGUCAUGUAUUUUCUUACGAAAUUCAAAAUCAUCCUUAUUUUACUAAGCACAUUCUAGGAAAUACUCAACAAACAAUUGAACAGUUUUGUUCUAGAAGUAGAAAUCAGGGUAGUUCUACAUAUAAAAUUGGUAAUUCUCGGCUUCUACAAUUCGAGAUUUUCUGUGGAAACAUGUCCCAAACACCCCUAUCUAUUCAGGUAGCCCAAUAGCACAGAGUAGAGACAUACAGAGACGUAACUAGUGUACCCAAGUUACUAGAUGCAUGCAUCUGAUUGGAUGACGACCUGAUGACGAGUCACUUUAAACUUGCUGAGCACGCGCAGUUGAUCAUUUUUUGCCCGGUCGCCUGAAAAAAAGUGGGUACAUGAUAUUGUGUAAUCUUCAGCAGUGUUAACGACGGUCAGUUACGUCUCUGUAUGUCUCUACUCUGUGCCAAUAGGCUGUACUUUUUAUUGCACUGCUUUUCGUGUGGUUAUUUCGUGUUUCGUGCACAAUAAGGUUAUGGAUAGGUUAGUGAUUGGUCCGAAGACCAAAGAGAAAAAUAUUUGAGCACCAAACAUGAGGAUGACAAUAUAACCUUCUUACGCACUUGUAAUGUUAAAACUGGCAAAUAUGGAAAAGAGGACCACGAGGCCCCUGAGGCAAAAUUCAAUAAACAGUAAAACCUAUAGCAUGACUAAACAAUCACGUCGGAGUGCUUAUUAGAGAAGCGGCGCUUAUUAGACAUGAUUUAUGUAAAGGAUUUAUAUGGAUAUUGAAAGGAAAAGCAAGUGCCUCAAAAACAUAAAACAUUGGCAAAGAGCCCCUGACGGGAAAAUCCUUCCAAAAAAGGUCAAAUUUUCACUUUGAUCUAUCAUUGAAACUUUCCCAAGGGGUGGUGCAUGACUUUUCAGGGGAGGUGCAAAAAUUCUCAGGGGAGGUGCAAAACAAUCUCAGGAGAGGUGCGCACCUCCCCACACCUCCCCUCAAAUCUGGCCAUGCCUACCACAUGUACAUGUACAAAUGGUACAAUACAAAUUAUGGACCAUGCUUUCAAUUUAUUGUUUACUAGAUGAAUUACAAAUAUCCUCCAGUAUUUUAAAAGAAGAGAUUGCUUUUAUCAAACAACUACAGAAAUGGUUGGGAGAGAAGUGUAAAUGGCACCUUUGUUAUCGAGCUUCUCGAGAUGGCUGGAGUGCCAAAGAUUUCCACAGACAUUGUGACAAUAAAGGACCAACAGUUGUUUUGGUGAAAGCCAAUAACUAUAUUUUUGGUGGAUACACUGACCAAAAUUGGGGAGGUAUACAUGGUGUCCCGAAAAAAUGCCCCUUACUACUUAUUUUGUUGUGAUUACUACUAGUACUCUAACAGAAGUUUCGAUAUCGAUCAGGCUUUAAGCCGGAUGGAAUGACUAUCAU